GCGGGAAAGAUUUAUAGAGAGAGAGAGAGAGAAUUGGGAUUUCGUUGAAGGGGAGAGAGAGAGAGAGGGAGAGAAUGGGGGACGAAGGUGGGGCAGAGGCAGUCCUCAAUCUCCCACUCAAUUCCUCAAUCCCCAUAUCCUACCAUCCAUCCUUCGGGCCCCACGAUGAUCUCCUCCUCCUCGAAGUGGAACCCACCUUCCUCCCCCACUUCCUCCACAACCAGGUCAGCAUCCGCGGCCACCCCGACGACGAUGCCGUCCUCUGCACUCCCUCCUCCACCUACGCUCUCAAAUCCGUCUCCACCUCCAACAACCUCUUCCUAAUCCCACCUACAACCCAAAACACCCAUAACGAUCCAAACACCCACAACGAACCCGCCCCUGCAGCCACACCCACAUCCGUCCUGAAAAUCGCUCCCGGCCACAUGGAACUCGUCCACAUCGCCCCGAGGCUCGAUAAGCUGAAAUCCCUUCUUGCAAAAAACCCGUACCAGCCCGAUUUUGAUGAGGCUGACCGGACAGGUCUGUACACAUGGUCCGACCUUGCCGGUCGGAUUCAGGCCAGCGACGAGGAACUGAGAUCCGGGUUGCAGGCUGUCUCCGCUGUAGAGAUUGAUGGGUAUUGGAGGAUCGUCGAUGAUGAACUGAUGGCUGAGGUUUUCACCAUGAUGCUGCAUGAUUCGGUCCUAAACGACUGGUCUUUGAAGUCGCUGAAGGGAGAUGAGGUCGUGCCUGCUCUCGAAAAAGAUGGGUUUCCGCCGGCGAUUGUAAUUCACUGUCUGGAGAUGUUCGGGACUGAAUCUGAAGGUGUCUGGAGCCUCGACGAGAGACGGGUCUGCUUGCAUUUCGCUAAGCGCAUCUUGCGGAAAGGGAAGAGGAAGAUGGAGAGUUUUAUGGAAGAAUGGGAGCAGAGCAUUCCUUCUGGGAUGCGUGCAUGUUUCGAAAUGCUGGAGGGGGAAGUGCUGCUAGAGAGGAUGGGAAUUGAGACAUGGGUCCGGCAAUUCAGCAUCUCGGCACUGCCGUCUGACCCGGCAGAGCGGUUUGCUGCUCUGUUCCGGGAACGACAGAAGUGGGAAUGGAAGGAUUUGGAGCCGUAUAUCAGGGAUUUGUGGGUACCUGGCCUCACUUCUGAAGGUUUGCUGAUCAAGUAUACAAGAAGAACACAACCGACGGCAGACGCUGAACCCAUUUUCACUGCAAGAUAGUGUCUGAUUUCACCAUCUAUAUUUGGUGAAGAGGUUUGAGAUGUCCACCAAUGUACCUGCAAAGACAAGAUGAAGACAAUGGGGGUGUUGAUUAGAGGCUGUGAACCCUCUAAUGACUAGGUCAUUCUGGUAGACUAGAAUUGAAAAGGGCUUGAGAUAUGAUUUUUGUCACCUACUUUCUUUGAUUGUAGUGUAGAUACUUAUAGGGUCUAUCAGACGGUAUCAAGAUCUGUGUAUCUUGUUGGAUUUGUGGGAUUCACUAGAAUUGCUUGAAAAUCUUAUCUUAAUACAAUUCUUUUUUCUGAAUU